AUUAUUAACUUUCCAUGCGGAUUUGGCCGUUGUGAAGGACUCGUUCUUCGACCCUUGAAUUGGCAGUGAGUGGCUUUUCUCUCGGACUUGAACCGCCAUGACGCUGUCCUCGGUCAACGCCAGUGCCGUGGCUAACACCCACUCCGGGGUGGGUCAUGGAGGCGUGUCUUGGCACGAAAGUAUGGAAGCCUGUGGUCGCAUGGUGGAGAAGAUGCUCCAUUCCGACUCGCAAUGUCCGUCCUUGGGCGAUAAACUCCGUUGUCACGCCCCCGGCUCGCCUUCGGGCUUGGGGGCGGGUCUGUCGGGCAAUCACGAUCCGGAUUACCCGGCCGUGACCGCCCAAUCGGCCGUGAAUGCGGCCGCACUACGGGCGCCCAGUCAGAUUCGACGGGUGCCUUUGCCCGCCGAAUUGGUGGAACAUUUCGGACACAUGCAAUGUAACUGUCUGAUGGGCGUGUUUCCGGGCGUGGGCCGGGCCUGGUUGACCAUUGACAGCGACAUCUACCUCUGGCGCUUUGAGGAUGGCGGGGAUUUGGCCUAUUUUGAUGGGCUGGGCGAUACCAUUCUGAGUGUGGCUUGGUUAACGCCCCGAGUGGGCGUGUUCAAGGACCACAUUAAGUAUUUAUUGUGCUUGACUACGGCCGUGGAGAUUGUGCUGUUGGGCGUGACCUUUGGACCCAUUCCAGGUCAUGAAGAGGCGGAGAUGCAUUUGUUGCCUGAACCAUUGUUCACCCUGGCCACGGAUGCCGUGUAUAUGAUGUGUAUUGCGGGCACGGCUCACGGUCGGAUCUUCAUGGGCGGCAAAGAUGGGUGCCUGUACGAGUUCGUGUAUCAGGCUGAAGACGGCUGGUUCGGCAAGAAGGCCCAGAAGAUCAACCACUCCAAUUCCAGUCUCUCGUUCUUGGUGCCUUCGUUCAUCAAUGCGGCCUUCUACGAAGAGGACCCGAUUGAACAGAUUCAGGUGGACGAGAGUCGCCACAUCUUGUACACACGCUCCGAGAAGGGCAAUAUCCAAGUGUUCGACUUGGGACCCGAGGGCCGGGACAUGGUCAAAGUGGUGGCCGUUUCCCAAGCCUCCAUCGUUCAAGAAGCGGCCCGUGUCGCAAUACAUAUCGACCAGUCCAAUCUGACGCCGAUCAUCGGGAUCUCGGUGGUGCCCAUGUCGGAAUCGCCCGCACUGGCCUUGGUGGCUGUGUCGGGGAACGGCGUGCGGUUCUACUUUUCGGUCAUGGGCAACAACUUGAUGGGACGCCCGCAAAAUCUCUACCUUCAACACGUGCGCCUUCCGCCCGGAUUCUCGGCCGCCUCCAAUGUUCCCCGACCUAGCAAAGCCCACAUGAGUUACUACAAUCAAGGAACCUUGCUGUUGGUGUGCUCUCAAACCGAGGAGUCCGACAUGUUAUGGCUCCUCUCCAACGACGGAUUCCCGUUCCAAAACAUCCUCAUGGAGGGACAGACGAGUUUGCCCCUGGACGGCCGGGUCUGGGCUCUGGUCGAGAUUCCCGGCGAGGAGCGCAUGUUGAGACUCUACAAGGACUCGUUCCAGUCCAUGCAGCCUCCUCUGGUGGUCAUUCAGCACACGCAGAUCGCCAAGCGUUUCGUGCUGAUCUCGGCCCAAGGCACGAUCAUCGUGUCUAAACUCCGUCCGGUGGAUCAUCUCCGACAAUUGCUCAUCGAUCACGGUGGGCCCGAUAACGAAGUGGUCAAGGGCUUCUUCAGCCUGCAUGCGGAUGCCCAGGGGAUCGCCACCUCGCUCAUUCUCGCCUGUUCCCGGGCCAUCCAGGAUCGCAAGAUCUCCGAAUGGGCCACCCGGGCCUUCUUCUUGUACGGGGGCGAGCCUCGACUGAGCUUCGGUCAACAGGCGCCCAACCAAGCGGGCAAUCAAGCGGGUCGAAACGUGAGCAUGGCUCAGCCUUUCUCACCCUCGUUCCACCCGCACAUUGCGUCAACUCCGGCGCCGCAUAAUCAGAGUGCGGGCAAUGUGAACCCGUUCCUCACCCCCAGAGGAGAUGGAGGAUUUGGAUCCCAGAGCAUGUUCCAACCAGAGUUGAUCUUCUCGUCCAAGCACAACGGCCUCUAUCUGUACUUCUCGCGUUUGGUGCGACCCUUGUGGUUGGCCACGUUGGUCGUCCCAGGCAGCCAAACAACCCACUUGGCCAGCACGCUUACCAUCGACGAGAUCGAAUGGGUGUUGACGCAAUUGUGCGAUCUGAAGGAGUUCAUGGACCGCAAUUCUCACAUGCACUCGGGGAGCUCGGGAGGGGUCCAGGCCUCCAUGUCCUUGGGUCACCCGCAUCACCCGCACCAUCCUGGGAACCAUUUGCAUAAGUCGCAUCAAGAGGCUCUGUUGAAGGAACGCCAGAGUUUGCUGUUCUUGCAACAACUCGUGUCGCAUUGCCAGCAAGUGAUCGGCCUUUGGAAGGUGGUGUGCGACCAUCAAGUCCACGUGGUGGCGCAGAAGCUCGGUCAAGACGAACAGAACAUCCUUCGAGGCAUGUAUUUCCGCGAUCUCAUCCUCUCCAAUGCUGGGAAGGAGCUCAGCUCCAGAUUGGUCCAAGCCAUCAUCAACCUUUACUUAGCCGACAACGCCUCCACGGACGCCAUUUCCAAUCGAUUGAGAGAGGUCUGUCCAGCUUUAUACAACACGGAAGACGCCAUCUCGUCCAAGGCUCAUGAAAUGCUCAUCACGGCCAAAUCCAAGUCCAAUCCCAAUGAACGCGAGCGCCUGCUUCGGGAUGCCGUGAACAUGUGCAAGGACAUCGCGAGCCGUGUCAAUCUGGACGUGCUCACGUCGCAUUUGGCGGCUGUUCAUUGCUAUUGGGGCGUGGUGGAGGUGUGUUUGGCUGCGGCCAACCGUCGCGAUCCCCAGGGACUGGCUUUACACUACUACAAGAAGAGCGAACCCAUGGAAGACCAACAAGGCCACCAGGCCUUCGUGAACCGAAUGAACUGCUACAAACACGUGUUGGAGAUCCUCCGGAGACUCAUCGACACGGGUCGAGCUCACCCCAUGUCUCCAUCCGUGCCCAAAGCCCCCGGACCUCCCCCUCCCGCCGACCCCAAUCAACUGCCCCCACAAGAGGCCUCGGAAUAUGCGGAAAACGUGUUCCAAUUGGGCCUUCAGAGCGAAGAUCAGUUGUUCCACAUUGCCUUGUACCAAUGGCUCGUGGAUCACAACCAGUUCGAUCGGCUCCUCAGCAUUCGAAGCUCAUUCCUCGAGGAUUAUCUCACACGAGGCACGAAGCGAUCUCACGAGACCGUGCUCAUGUUCGAUUUGUUGUGGAAGUACUACGAGAAGGCCCGCAGUUACGCGGCCGCUGCCCGCAUUCUGGCCAAGUUGGCCGAGCGCCACACCGUGGAUGUGGCUUUACAACAACGUCUGGAGUAUCUUUCUCGCGCCAUCAUGUGUGUCAAAUCCGGUGAGGUCAAUGGAGAGUCCAGUCGAGGAGGCGUGGGCGAGUUGCUGCAUGACUUGGAGGAAAAAAUGGAAGUGGCUCGAGUUCAGCUCCAGAUCCUGGACAGUCUGAACUUGAUGGACCAAGCCAGUCCUUCGCCCAACCUCAAGACGGCCAUUGACCGUUUGAAUGCGGAUCUGCUGGACAUCUCGCAGUUGUACCAGGACUUUGCCGAGCCCUACGAGCUCUGGGAGUGUCAAUUGGCCAUCCUCCAUUGCUCGGGCCAUCAAGACAAGCUGUUGGUGGAGACCGUAUGGGAACACAUUCUGGAGAAGGAGCUCCGACAGAGCCAGGAUUUGACCAAUAGCUCGCGUAUCCCGAUGAUUGCGAAUAAACUGAAGGCCCUGGGCACGUUGUACGCAUCGGCAGCUCAACGAUACUUUCCCUUGGAGUUCAUCGUUAGAAAACUGGAGGUGUUCUCGUGCCAGAUCCAAUCCGAUCACACGUGGGUCUUCAAGACUCUUCUCAACGUGUCCAUUCCAAUCCCGAAAGUUUUGGAAGUUUACAACAGGUUGUAUUUAGCUAAUGAGCCCGUGUGGCUUCGCCAAGGCUCGCCCCAUCAUUUGCUCUAUGUUUUGGCCCGACUUCUGGACACCUUUGCCAGUUCUCCCUCCAUGGUGUCUUACAAUGAAAGACGCCAAUUUGUGGUCACGUGCUUGGAUGCUGUGGGCAAGUACUUGAGUAAUCUCUACACCAAACACGAUAGCAACCUCCUCGUCAGCGAGUUCAAGGCCAUCCAAGCCAAAUUGGAACGAUUGUAAAUGUGCCAACUGACCACAAGACCCUAAUGUGUGUUUUCUACGCUAAUCCAUGAAAUAAACGUCUCCAAAGUUAACAGGAAAAA